AAUGGCGGAAUAGCACCGCCCAAUGAGCUAACGUGAACUGUCGACAUUUUAUAUUUCAGCCGCCGAUUUAGCGCGCCCGCUCUUCAACUUGUGAUGCUUAGUGCAAACCUUUGGCACCUGCUAACUCCACUUCUCUUUUCGAGGGUGAUCCAAAUCUGUGUGGACCAGCCCGGACAAUUCAAAACUAUAACUCAGCAAUUGACCGCAUCCAAGCAGAAGGAGCACAAGACGUGGAAGGAGUAAAAUUCAGAAUGGAUGACGUAGAGCCAAGCAACAUAAGCAGUGCCAUUACUAAUGUGUUACCAGACCUACCAACCUCAAAUCUAAAUAUUGUAUUGGAGACAUUACAAUCUUUAGGUGUGGGAGCCACUGAAGAUUUACAGUAUAUUAAGGAAGCUGAUCUGCUCACAGUACUGAGACCAGUUCAAGCUAGAAAACUGUUGGCUGCAUGGAAACAAUCCACAGAGACAACUGAAUUCCAUAGUCAGUCAACAUUGACCUCUCCAGUGUCCUCAGCGUGCUCCUCAGUCUCACUGUCUUCCUCACCCUCACCCUCACCAUCACCCAGACACAUGAUUGCUACUGCAGAUUGGGUCGACAGCUUCCAGAUUCCAUGGGAGAAGCUCCCAGAAGCCUUAAUGCAGAGUUUGGAGAGAGGGAAAAGGCCAAGCUCAAAGUUACGCAGAGAACUGAUCCGAAUUGUAGUUGCUGAAAUGAUGCAUGCCUCUUCUUCUCCUGGUAAACAAUCCUCCACAGAGGUUGCGAAGAAAAUGGUAGCAAAGUAUCCACUGUCACUGCAAGAUGUUAUAGAAGGUGAUGUGGUAGGAACAGGAUAUCACUCACUCGUCAAGCAGCUGCAAGCACGAAUUGAAAAUGUAAAGCGGUCUUCAGUACCAAGAAUAUUGAAGCGCAGACGGGGGUCAGAUGAAUUUGACACAGAUGAAAUCACAGCUGAACAGAGGGCAGCUGUUCAGGACACAUAUGGCUGCAUAAAAUGGGAAAUGAAGUUUAUGCCAGUGAGUGAGACACUGGAAAGCCAAGAAGAGAAAAAAGAGAAAAUGAAAGUGAUAUUUGAACAGGCAACCUUCAACACAGAGGAGGUAAAACAUCUCAUGAAGUGCACAUACUUCUCCCAGCGUAAAUCAGUGAACAGUGGAACCGAUCUGCAAUUCCUCAUGCAAGAGUGGCCUUUCUUAUUCAAGGAAGUUGGCAUGGCAGUUCACUUUCAUGAAUUAACUGGUGUUUCCCUGAAAGAGACUUUCCUCAGUAAUGUUGAAAAAAAAGGAAAACGUGUUUUAGAUUUCAUGAGAAGUGUUUGUACAGAAAAAAGCAAACAUGUUUUGCAAGCGGCCACAAAGCUGAAAAUUCUGAGAGGACAGCUGGAGGGCUGCUCAGAAGAUGUAAAAGAUCUGGUGCUCCUCAUCCUCUCCUACUUUAAUGAAAAAGAGGAGGACUUGUUCUUCUAUGUGGAAGAAACUUGUAUGGCAAAAGAAGUACAAGUGGAAGGCUUACCUGUGACUCCAUGCAUCAUUGUAUGCGGAACAUCAUGUUAUGCUGCAAAGCAUUUCAUGCUGAGUGUUGACCAGAAAAUUGUCAACGACUACAUCUCCACCUUCAUCUCGGCUGUUUGCAUGAUGUUUGCAACCUACUACUGCCUCAACAUUCACUAUCCUGUGGGUCUGGGCUCCACACUUGAGUUUAUUCAGAGGUGUUUCUUCAACAUCAAUCCUGAGAAGGGCACAAAAGUGGAAACUAAGAAAAACAAGAAACAGCUAACAGUGAAUCCAAGAGUCCUCACACUCAUUGCAGAUCUCUCAGAUCAUGAGUGGAGAGAGGCAUGUUAAAUAUGGACUUUCAGUUCACAUCAUUUGAAGUGUUAACACAACACGUAUACACCACUAAUUGAGUUUUCAGUUUACCUUAUCUGUUAACCACCAACAAAGAAAGUACGCUUUUAGUAUUUGGGUUAAUGAUAAUGUUUUAUUGAGCAUUGUUUUUGUUUAAUUGGUAAACUGGCUUAUUCCAGAUUUUGUUAAAAGUACAAUGUAACAGACAUUUUUGUUAAAGGCUGCAUUUGUUCCAUUUUUUUUCUAGUUUUCAUUGAGGGAAAGAGCAAAUUUAUAUACUAAAUUUAUUUUUCUAAAGAUGUUACAAAACAAAUUCAUUAUACUCCCUGCACAUAGUGUUAUAUGCUUAUGAUUUUGGCAUUUAUAAUUAUUAUUAAUUUAUUUUUUUUGUUUCAAAAUAUUCUGGUACUAGCAAGGAGUUCAGAGUGUUUGGCUGAUUACAUGCAGAGUUUAAUAAACCUUUUGGAAAAUGCUUUCCAGACACCUUUUUUUCAGUGAUUAUUGUGACACUUCAGAUUAAGUUAAUGACUGGUGGGAUUGCUAAAAUCUAAGAAUCUACGUAAAAGUAAGUAAACUAAACACUUGAGAAUAUUUAUGUAAUUAUUUUUACACAAAACAGCAUGUGUAAACACAUUCUAUAAGCUAAAUAUUGCAUAUUGUGUAAAAUUAAAGCUUUUAUCUUCUAACACAUUUCAGGCACUGCAUUCAACCUUCACUAGAUGAUGACUUCAAGGAAACACAUUUCUGGACAAAAACAACACUAAAGUUCAUCAGGAAACAAUGGAAAGAGAUCAGGAUUGCAACUUUGGUUGCUGCAAUAACGGACAAUAUAUUUUCUUAUGUCUGCCAGAGUUUGAACACAAGGACUCUCUUUUCCUGACAAGUCUCUAUUUGGAUAAGAGACCUUUCAAGUAUAAAUUUGGAUGGGCAAUUCGGUGCUUCCAACUUUGCAGAAACGGGGUGUGGCCAGGCUCUAAGCUUCAAGAGGACCUUCUAAAAGUUCCGGUUUUCUGAACAUUGUAUCCUGUGUGUAAGAGACCUCUCUUCAGUCAAGUCUGGACCCAGUCAGACGCCAGUCUUAAGGAUAAUUGAUGAGAGAUCAUGCCAGUCCAUAUUGAAAUAGUGACUACAUGCAAGACUUCAAGCAGUACUACAUUUCAAGUUUGGAACAUACACAGUCCUGUGUCUUCCGUCAAGUGUGGGCUCAAUACUAUUGUUCAACCAGAGCAAGCAGCCCUGAUGGAUGUACAGUAUAUGUCUUCAUUGAUUAUCCUUACUUUUAUAUAUGGACACAUUUUAUUUCCAACAUCAACACGCCUUUGUGAGUACACUGGUCAAGUUAUUGGAUCAGCUCAAACUGUUUUAACACAGUCCCUGUAUGUAGUUUCAUUAAAAUCUAAUAAUUAUAGUUUGUGCCUUCAGUUGCUAUAGACUGUAUUUACUAGUUCAUUUUGCAAUUUCAAAAACCUGAUUGAUUGUUGUAAAAUCUGUGGCAAACAACUGUAAUGUCUUUUGUGUUUUACCGUGUUUUUUACGGUAAAGUUCUGGCAACCACAGCUGCCGGUAAUUUUCUGUAAAA